GCUUAAACUAGUUCACACAGCUUAUUUAAAAUCCGUUUAGCCUGCAUUAACCAUUAGUGGUGAAUAGUGUCCAGUGACUGCAGACUAAGUGCCUGAUAUUACAGACUCAGAUUUGGCGGGCAAAAUCAUAGGAUAGACGAGUAACAAGCAGAGAAAAGUCAUUUACCGUUUGUUAAACUGGAAUUAAACGACCUGUAAAACAACGGGAAAAGAAAAAUAUUAGGCAAAUAUUAGGAUUCCAAGCGUAUAGCAUUUAAGAAAAAUGACUUAUUGAAUAAAAAGGAAGAAACUGAGCGAAUGUCGUUUAAGAAGGACGAUCUAUAAACUGUGAAGCCAGACAAUCUCGAGUAUGCACCAUUAAUAAAGGACAACCGAAACUGAACAUAUAAAACUGCUUGACAGGAAGACAAUUCAUCAGCUGUGCAACCGGAAGAAACUGAACAUAAUAUUAUGGCACUUAAGAAGGACACUAUAUCAAAUGUGCAACAUGACAAAGAAACUGACCAUAUGGCAUUAAAGAAAAACAAUGGCACAGUUGUACCGCCGGACGGUGGAUGGGGAUGGAUGAUAGUUCUCGGUGCCUUCCUAGUGCAUUUGAUAACUGAUGGAAUAUUAUAUUCAUUUGGAAUUUUCUACAUAGAAUUCUUAGAGUAUUACAAAGGUGGAAAAGGGGAGACUGCCUGGAUAGGUUCAUUGGCAGCUGGUUUUCAGUUAUUCGCUGGCCCAUUAGCCAGUAUUUUGAUCAACAAGUUUGGAUGUCGACUGACAAUAAUAGUUGGUUCUGUGGCUGCCGCUCUUGGAUAUGUGCUAAGCAUAUUUUCACCAAACAUUUAUUUUCUGUAUUUUAGUUUCGGUACACUUUCAGGUAUAGGGUUUUGUCUAACGUAUUUACCAGUUAUUGACAGUAUCGGACACUAUUUUGAAAAGAAACGUACUUUUGCUGUUGGACUUGCAUCAUGCGGAAGUGGUGUAGGUGCCUUCAUUUUCAAUCCGUUUACAAAAUAUCUUAUUGACAUGUAUGCAUGGCGCGGUGCAUUACUUAUACAAGCGGGUAUUUUACUAAACUGUAUCAUUUGUGGCGCUAUAUUUAGACCAGUUGAAAAGCAAAAGGCAUCCGCAUAUGGACCCGUGCCUUUAGAAAAACGUAAAGCCAAGGAAGAAAACUUCCCAUCGACUAGCGAUGCUAAAAAUAUGACGUUGGGUGCCGAUUGCAAUGAUUAUGCAAAUAAAAAUGAAUCACAUUUUGAGUCAUCGUCAACGUCAGAAUUGGAAAAAAGUAAAUGUAAAGCCUGCAAAUAUGGAAUUAGCUCAUUCCACUGUGAAAAUUCUUUACACAAGAAAGAGAACCCACAAGAACAGAAACUUCUUGCUGGUGACGUGGCAGAUAAAUAUUUUCAGCAUGGCGAACUUCCAUCAAGUGAUAUAGAUUCCAAUAUAUCGGCGUCUCUCGCAAAAUCGGAAAGGACGAUUGCAAACCUUGAAUCAAUUCAUGAAGUCAAGACAAAAAUUGCGAAGAAAUUGUGCUGCGGCUGUGGCCGAGCUAAUUUACACAAUGUUACGAAGCAAUCAUGCAAUUUGUCCCCACUGAAGGAUGUGAUGUUCAUAAUGUAUCUGAUUUCAAAUGUCUUAGCCAGCUUAUGUCUUCUCAUCCCGAUCAUGUUCCUGUAUGACCGCGCAAUUGACCAGGGAAUAAACACAGAGAGUGCUAAAUGGUUAGGAUCUAUUGUUGGCAUAGGAAACACCGUUGGAAGGGUUUUAAGUGGAAUUUUUGCGGAUAAAUUUAAAGUUAAUCGUUUGUUGCUGUUCGAGACGUCUUUGAUAAUAUGCGGCAUUGCAACAACCCUUUGCCCUUUGUGCUUUAAUUUUACCUCGUUAAUUCUAUUCGCAUGCUUGUUUGGUCUCUCUUAUGGUGUAUAUAUUCCAUUGAUGUCUGUUGUCCUGGUUGACCUUUUAGGACUAGAAAUGUUAACAAAUUCUUUCGGCAUUCUACUAUUUUUUAAAGGGACGGCAAAUCUGAUUGGUCCACCAGUUGCAGGUUGGCUUUACGACGCAACAGGAAGUUACAAUAUACCUUUCAUUAUUGGUGGCAUCACAGUGGCUGCGAGCGGAAUACUACUGUAUUCUGUAACCUGUAUAAGGAGAUGUCGUAAAAAUAAGGAACCUGAAUCAGAAGCUCAUUAUGAUGAAGCCAAAACCUACUAGAUAAACAUUUAAAAAUGUUACAAAAUCGUUUCCAGAGUUUCAAAACGGACAGUUUAUAGCUGUGAGUGCAAGAGUUGCUGUAAGAAGAAAGAAGUAUUACUUGUUGUGAAAUGUCUAGUAUCAGAAAGAAGCUAGAAUAGUACCAUUUCAAUAUUAAAAUUUUCUAAAGAAAAUACAACAUUGAACCGCGCCAUGACAAAACCAACACAGUGAGUUUGCGAUCAGUAUAGAUCCAGACCAGCCUGCGCAUCCGCGCAGUCUGGUCAGGAUCCAUGCUGUCCGGUUUCUCUAAUUGCAAUAGUCUUUGAAGGCAAACAGCAUGGAUCCUGACCAGACUGCUGGUUGCAAACCACGAUACUGCUUUUCUCAUGGCGCGGCUCAAAUUAUUGUUUGAUGGAUGAUGAUGUUGAGAAGCAGAAGUACUAAUAGAAGAAAGAAAUACACUGUUUCCUGUGGUUUUCAGUUGGGGAAGUAUGGUUUUUUCUUAUUGAAAAGUCCAUUCUCUUUUAAUUUGAUAUCAGAAGAAAUCUUUUUAAAAUUAUUGCGAUUGUUUUGCGUGAAUUCUGUAAGCUAUACUCGUUAUACUGUACGCGUAUUACAUUACAUUACUAUGCAAAUACGCCAAGCAUAAGUUCAAUUCGGGCACCUAUAUAUAUUGAUAAUCUGUUAAUUCGAGUUUGUUAACUGCACAUUUUUAUCUCUAGUCUAAUAAACAAACAAUCAAUUAGAUUCGUAUAGUAAUAAACAUGUUACAUUGUAAGGCAUCACUCGCAAGAUCAAGCCUACAACUGUAUCAGAAUUUUGUAUGCCCGCAAAUUUCAUAGAUUACGGCGAGACAUGUCGACCGCAUUGAUAUCUUUUAUGUCUGCAAGCAUCUUUAUAUCAUUAAAGCCCAGGUUAACUUUUUGACAGAAAUGUAUCAAUUUAUGUAGUUGUUUGUUUCUAGUAAGUUUAUUUUUUGGUCAGAAUUUCAUAUCGUCAAUGACUGGAAAUA